GUGCGGAUGAGUUGUUGUGAUGAAUGCAUGACUCGAUCACUGAAUUACUGAUUCAUUAAAUGACUAAUUAAUGGAUUUGUAAUGAAUUGGUUAUAACUUCGGACACCCUUUGGAUGUGUUGGCCAUCGGAUCCACACUUGACUGCAUAUACACACAAACCCUAUCACUCACGUCAACACAUCUCACAAUUUGUUGAUUUGACACACUUUUGGUGACAAUUAUUAAACCACUGAUGAGAUCAUCAAAAUUGUGAUCCAAAGAGUGAUGUAUUGAUUCAAUGCAUUUUGAAGACUAUUAUUGAACAAUAUUUGAGACAAUAUUGUCUUACAAAUCGGCGACAAUAUUGUCCACACAAAUGGGUUCUCUAUUAUCCAUAUUCAGAGCCAAACGUGACACCAAACACCUCUUAGAGGACAUCCAUAAUGAGAUCGAAGCGAUUGAAGACUUGAAAGAUAGCUCUUCAAAACGGGAGAAGAAUUGCAUUUGUCUUUUCUUCGCCGCGUUUGUCAUCCUUUACACGAUCUCUGUAUUAAUCUUUUAUAGAUUUUAUUUGGUUUUUCAUUACUCCAAAGAGAAUAUCAUUCAAAAUAUUGUUUGGUUUCUGCCAUUCAUUAUCUCUCCUUUUAUUUUUAUUGGUAUUAAACGUUUACUACAAUUAUAUUACCGAUGGAUUGGAGAUAAUUCUGAUGAAAGACUCAAACAAUUGAAACGA